CUAAAAAGUAAGAGGAUAUCUACAUAACCAAAAAAAGAGAAAUCCUGACAUUAGGGAUGGAGGGAGUAAAACUUUAUACUGCCAUGGUCCAUUUGUUCAAUAAGAAAAAAAGCAUCAACUUCAACAAUUCAUCCCAUGUCUAAUUGACACUAACAAACUAACUGGCACAGACCAUUUUUUUUCCAAAAUGAAGAAAUUGUUUUAACUUUUAACUGGGCAUGAUUAAUCCACACGUUUGAUAAGAAGACAGCCCAUUAAUUACUGAUUGACUUUGGUUUUAUCUCUUUUUGAGUGUGCUGUAAUAGUGUAUGGAGUCCAAAAGGGAACAAUAAAAUAAAGCAGAAAAGUAGGGAAGGACAAGGGGAAAUCUGGGAAAAUGGAGUAGUAGUAAGCAGUGCAAUGAACCAUUCAUUGCUGCUAAGCUGGCUUUAAAAAUAAAUGUACAGGUACAAGAGUACGCUCACACCAAUUUAUACUCAAGAUUUUGGAUUUAUUACUAUUCUUAUUGACUUCCCACUUUGUUGCUUUCCCAAAUCUCCUCCCUGCUUGGUGUAAGUUGUAAGUUGCAAGUUGCAAGUUGCAACUCUUACGUUAAACUCUUCCGCUAAUUAUUUUUCGUGGAGUUUUUAUUUUUAUUUAAUAAGGUUUAAAAAGGGGGAAAAAAACAAAAGAGUAAAGUAGCUGUUUGCUGCUGUGGCUGCUGCUCUUUCACACUUGUAAGUCUGGGUUUUCUGCUACUACUGUUACCACAAGGAAGCAAAGAGGAGAGAAAACUGAAAAGGGUUAUCACCCUAUAAGAUUACAGAAAAAUGGAGGGCGAGAAUCAUAGGAUUGGAGAGGAGAAUUCAAUUGGAGAAAAGGGUGAAAUGGGAGCAGUUGUUUCCAAGUCAUCAUUGCCGGUGGGGUUUAGGUUCCGGCCGACGGACGAGGAGCUGAUCAGUCAUUACCUCAGGCUUAAAAUCAACGGCCGUCAUUCCGACGUUUCUGUCAUCCCUGAAAUUGACGUUUGCAAGUGGGAACCCUGGGAUUUACCUGACCUUUCAAUUAUAAAAACGGAUGAUCCAGAGUGGUUCUUCUUUUGUCCUCGGGAUAGGAAGUAUCCAAAUGGACAUCGCUCCAAUAGGGCCACUGAUGCCGGCUAUUGGAAGGCGACUGGCAAGGAUCGCACAAUCAAGUCUUACAAAUCAUCUUCAACUGCUGCUGGUUCCUCUAAAGCCCAUAUAAUUGGCAUGAAGAAGACCUUGGUGUUCUACCGGGGCCGUGCUCCCAAGGGCGAGCGUACCAACUGGAUCAUGCAUGAAUACCGUGCUACUGAGCCUGACCUUGAUGGAACCGCCUCUGGUCAGGCUGCGUAUGUCCUCUGUCGGUUAUUUCACAAGCCUGAUGAGAAAACUGACAAUUCUAAAUUUGAGGAAGUAAAUAAUCCAAGCGGGUCUUCUCCUAAUACGGUCAGAUCGUCACCUGAUGACGCAUCAUCAGAUUUGUUGUGUCAAGACGCGUCGUCGUCAAUGCUGGAUAUGCAAGAUGGUUAUAGUCGACAGCAAGAAGGGAUUAAAGGGUUACUGAUUGAUAAAUCAGAUAAUAUGACACCCUCUAAUAAUCUUCUCCAACAUGUUGACCCCUGUACAUCUUCAGGUGCUGAAGACAUCUCAAGGGAAGCAGUCCCUAGUGAAAAGGUGUAUCAUCCACCAUUAGGAGAUCAUUCUUCUUGGUCGCAGAAGACUUCUACAGAUAAUAAUCUUGAUGGCAGCAGCAACAGUUUCUUUCCUUGGAUGUCAUCGCAUAAAUACACUGACAUUAGCUGUCUCGAUUCACCUUUUGCUGAUGAUUUUGGUCGCAACCAGGAUGAUGAUGGGAUGCACUUCCAAGAUGGCACUUCCGAGCAUGAUGUUUCUCUAACCGAACUAUUAGCAGGUGUCCUUCAAGAUGGCACUUCCAGAGACCUUGGUCGUGAAUCAUUGGGCAGCAAAAGGGACAACUAUAUGUUCCAAGAUCAUGUUCAAGCAUUUCCAGCUUUUGAUGAUGGUUCCACAAUGGAAAUCAAACCAGUUGAUGGUGGUCAUUAUUCUGAUAGAGCUGUGUCAUUCGCUAAUAACAUGAUGGAGCAGCCUAUGUGCGAUGGUGAACAAUCGCUCGGUGCUACAGAAACUCCUGGGAUAAAAAUUCAUAAACGCCCUUCACAACUUAGGCCAUCUGGUUCGGAGAAGCUAGCUGCACAAGGCACUGCUGCAAGGCGAAUGCGGUUGCAGAUGGAUUCAGUUCUAAGUUCCACAACUGGUGAGAAAUCAGAUGAUGAUCGAAGCAGUUCUAGCGAUGGAGAACAAGAAUACUCAAUUAUUACCGAGGUUGAUGAGGAAGUAUUCAGAGCCUCAUGUGAAUAUGGUGAGUCUGAGCCAGAGGUACAAAGCAGAAUAAGCAGCAACAAAAGAGACGAAGAGGGUGAGGAGAAUGAGAAAGAUAGUCGCAAAAUGAGGUCAGCUGGGGUGAGAUUGAGGGCAUGGUCAGGUUCCCGUUGCUUCAAGUUUUCUAGUGUUCACGUUGUAGCAAUGUUGUAUGUUGUAUUAGUGUUGUUGGUAGGUUACUUUGGUCCUUGGAAAUGUCCUAAUAUGACCGUCUAAUAUCAUCAUUAGUAUCACAAUUAGUCAUGUAUUGAUCCCCCAAGGUUAGUCAUGUACUAAUCUACCCAUUAUCAUUAGUUUUCAUUAUUCAUUAGAGUUAUUAUUAGUGCGUUUAGGUGGCCUCAUCAUUUGGCUCUUAGGCUCCGUUUGAUAAAACUUAAUUUGGGUCUGAAGUCUGAACACUGAAAUUUAAAAUAUCUUGAUUUAUUAAUUUUAUCCAAAAAAAUUUGAUGUAUGUGAAAAUAUGAUAAUAAAAAU